AUGGGUAGGGUUUUCUUUCUUGAUUUGGAAGGAAGAGCUUACAGAUGCGUAUUCUGUCAAACCCCUUUUGCACUUGCCGAUCAUGUUCUCUCUCGGUCCUUCAGCUGCAGUCGAGGGAGGGCAUACCUUUUCAGCAAAGUGGUGAAUGUUACACUUGGGACUCAAGUAGAGAGAUUGAUGAUAUCUGGAAUGCAUACAGUUGAAGACAUAUUUUGUUGCUGCUGUGGACAAAUUGUUGGAUGGAAAUAUAUUAUAGCACAUGAGAAAAGUGAAGCAUAUAAAGAAGGGAAAUUUGUGCUCGAGAGAUGGAGGAUAGUUGAUGACGUUGAAGAGGAAUUAAAUUUGGAUGCUAAUGCUAGUUCAAGCGAAUCAGAUGAAAACCCUUAG